UUUGUAGGUUAUGUUGUUGUUGUUACAGUUUAAAAUAAAAGGAUUGCUCAUUUGUAGUGGUGAUUGGUGAAUUCUUUAUUAUUUAUGAAUUAAUGCACAAAUGAUUAUUUUAAUAAUUAGAUAAGGUUUAUUCACAAAAUAAAAUGUUUAUCUCCGAUUUAUCUUAUCUUUGUUAUCAAUUAAGUGUUGUAUUUUGUGUUCUCACAACUUUAUCAGCUCAACUCUACAGAGAAACCAAUGAGAUUGAGAACAAAAUUCCGCCAAACGAACUCAAAAUAGUCUGGUGCACAAUCAACGUGAACGAAACCAAAAAAUGUGAAGCUUUCAUGCAUGCAAAUGAAAGGGAUCAGAUCAAAGUUACUAGCGGAACAAGCAGGGAAACAAUUAAAAUUGAUUGCGUACAGGCAGCAAAUAAAGAUGAGUGUAUGAUCAUGUUAGAUGAAGGUACAGCAACAAUGACAACUCUUGAUGCUGGAGAAAUGUUUGUUGGUGGUCGGUAUCAUAGUUUAGUGCCAAUUGCACAAGAAGUCAUGGAAGGAGGGUUUAACUACUAUUAUUCUGUGGCUGUAGUUAAAGCAGGAAGUUUAUCAGAUGUAACUACCAUGCACAACUUGAGAGGAAAAAGAGCUUGUUUUGCUGGCGUGGAAACUUAUGCAGGCUGGAUGUUGCCUAUAAGUACUCUAAUGAGUGAUGGGAUAAUGGAUGUAAUUGAUUGUAAUAACCAUGUUAAAACUGCUAGCUCCUUUUUUGGCCCAUCGUGUGCAGUUAAUUGUUUAAAUGAUAAAUAUAACCCUAUUGGGGAUAAUUCUGAUAAACUCUGCAAAUUGUGUGUGGGUGAGAUUCCUGGCAGGUGGUGUACUGAUGCUGAUCCAUUUGCUGACUAUAGUGGAGCCUUUAGGUGCCUGUUGGACAAAGGCGAAAUUGCUUUUCUGAAACAUACUACCAUACCAGAGCUGCUUAAAAGUAGAGAAUUUGCUGGGUUACAAUCAGAACAGUUUGAGCUGCUGUGUAAGGACGGAAUAAAGAGGCCUUUAUCUGAAUACCAAAAUUGUAACUGGGGCAUAGUCCCUUCAGAUGCGAUUGUAGUUUCUUCAGCAGUGUUGUUUGACAAAAGAAAGGAGUAUCAGGAGGCUUUACAGGCAUUUGCUGAAAGAUAUUCCCAGCAAAAUCCUAGAGAGUCAGAUAAUGAUCAAAGGGAGCCACAAUUUGAUAAUUUUGGCAACAGAAUUGUUCCUGAUCAGGACCAAUAUAAUCAAGAUCAGUACGAUCAAUAUGGACAAAGGCAAAAUCAGCCAAAUUCUAAUCAAUAUCCCGCUAGAUAUCCACAGAGAUUUAAAAGACAAAAUUAUGGACAAGAUGAAUAUCGACCAAAUAAUAAUUAUAACCCAGACUACAAUGCAUAUAGGACUGAUUAUGAAAACGACAGAAACAGCACAAGAGAAAGAGACUACAAGUAUUAUGAACAUUUUAACCUGUUUGAAUCUUCGCCACGUUACGGCUCUCAUGGAAAUUUGAUGUUUCAGGAUGCCGCCAGAGGUAUAGCUCUAGUGCCAGAACAUCUACAAACCUACGAAGCAUUUUUGGGAAAAGCUCACGAAAUUAUAAUGCAAGUCAGGAGUUGUCCUGUUAACACUAUGACUAUGUGCGUUACUUCAGACGUUGAAAAGGAUAAAUGUGUCAAAAUGAAGACUGCACUGAAGGCACAACUUUUAAAACCGGAAUUAGAUUGUUACAAAGGACAUUCACAAAUUCAUUGUAUGCAAGCCAUUAGAGGAGGCACAGCAGAUGUAGCAGUAUUAGACGCCAGCGACGUUUAUACUGCUGGCCUAAACUAUGAAUUAGUACCAUUUAUAAGUGAAGUUUAUAAUUUAGAAGAUCCAGAUUAUUAUGUAGUUGCUGUCGCUAAGGAAUCUGAUCCAGAUACUGAAUUAACAUACUUGAGAACUAAAAAUACUUGUCACGGAGGCAUAAACACAGCAGCAGGUUGGGUAUUUCCUCUAGCAUUUUUGAUUAGUAAUGGUUGGAUAAGGCCCUAUGGUUGCAAUAGUAUACGAGCUGCUGCAGAAUACUUCACCAAAAGUUGCGUACCAGGGGCUAUCAGCACCGAAUACAACACAGGAGUGCCUUAUGAUAAUAUGUGCGAUUUGUGCCAUGGAAGCAGUUACAGAUAUUGUAGGCGUGACGCUUCUGAGGAUUACUACGGCCACACUGGAGCAUUUAGAUGUUUAGUAGAAGGUGGCGGUCAAGUAGCCUUCGUAAAGCACACCACUGUUUUCGAAAAUACUGGCGGUAAAAAACGUGAAUGGUGGGUCAGAGACAAUCUAAUGGAAGAUUUCGAACUAUUGUGUCCAGAUGGUACCAGAGCUGAAACCAACGAAUAUAGAAAAUGUAACUUGGGCAAAGUGAAGGCUAACGCUAUUGUAACCAGGGGCGGGUACGCUUACAAUGAAACCCAUAUAGAUGCUUACAUAAACCUAUUUAUGUACGCUCAAAGGUUUUACGGUAGAAAAACCGCCGAUGAAUUUAGUUUUAGUAUGUUCACUUCAGAACCUCCUUAUGCGGAUUUAAUUUUUCAAGAUGCCACUACUCAAUUGAAAAUAAUUGAGCCAAGUAAACGUUACUAUUCGGCUUAUUUGGGGCCCGAUUUUAUGAGAGCCCGUAGAAUUGUUGAUUGUCAUGCUGCAGGUUCAGCCACUGUAGCAACAAUCGCUUUGACUUUAUUAAGCUAUUGUUUAAUAAUAAUUGUUAAUUAGGAACUAAUUAACUAUACUAUAUGAACUAAUUAUCUAUUUAGAGUACAACAAAAUUCCAGUCUCGAAUAACUUUAAGCAUCAUCAUGACUGAAAUAUUAAUUAAAUAUUGUAAAUACAUUUUAGCUAUCUUAAACUUAAAUUGUAAGCAAGAAAAGAGCUUCACUGUUUGCCUAAGAGUGCACUUAUUAGUAACUAAGUCCGUCCAUUUUAUUUAAAUUUAAUUUUUACAUUCCUUCGUAAGAUAUAUUUUAUACUCUGUACGCAUUGGUAAAAUUAGUGCAAUAUAUUAGUAUUUUUUUUAAUUGACUGUGCCGAUUGUUGGUGAAAAUUUUCUCUUCAGAGAUAAUACUUUACAAUGUAACUCAUUGUGUGAACGAUUACACACUGCUUGUCCCCAAUGCCCAUCAUGGCCAUUGCUGUGGGCCCAUUGUGUACAAUAGCCUUAAAACAUUAUGUCCUCGAAUGCUUUGAUUCAAUUUGAAGUCCUUUUUUGAUAUGCUCUACUAUUUCUCUGAGAUUUUU